AUGUCCGUCCCUCCUCGCUGGUGCCACUGGAUAUUCCCACUUGUGGGUAAACCAAUCGCGGACACCUCUAAUAGCCCUAGCAAGGCGUUUAGAGUUACUUCAUAUGCUACUACACGACCACUAAUGCCCCAGUCCUCCGCCCGGCGGUUAAGCUCCUCUACGACAUCGGGGGAAGCCUCUACCGACGAGGGGCGAUCCAAUCUCGGAGUAACAGGAUGUCAAAAGAACGGACCAAGGACGCGUCACGGAGAUUGUCUGCGUUUCGGAACACUCAAUUGCCGUACACUAGCAACUGAAGCUGCGCUCGAACAACUUCUUGCGGCAAACCGCAAGGCGAACAUCGACGUGAUCUGCAUCCAAGAAACGAAAGCCCAAACAGAAACUUGCUCAAAGACGCUCAACGGAGAACUUCUGAUCCUCGGAAAAAAGGUCGACGGCAAGAACAUCGGUAACGUAGGGUUUUUGGUGAACCGCUCGAUCCAACCCUACGUUGUCUCCCAUGUCAUCAUGAGUCCACGGCUCGGAAUCCUUCGCCUCGACUUAGGAGCUCGAGGGAAAGUACGAUCAUCAACGUCUACGCUCCAACACCAGAAGCAGAAGAAACCGUACUGGACGACUUCUACAAGACUUUAG